GAUACUAGCAGUGUUGUAGGAAUAAGUCUCAGGUUCAGUAAGGACAGCAACAGCGAGGAGGACAUAAUAUGUACAAGUGAAAGAGCCUUUGAAAGAUUUUCUAACCUCCGUUUCUUACAAAUAUCUGGCGAAGACUAUGAACAUGCCAUCAAUCCUCGGAGUCUGAACAAUAUAUCUAGAAAACUUAGAUUUCUAAGUUGGACGGGGUUCGGAAUGCCAUGUUUGCCUUCUAGUUUUCAUCCAAAGUUACUUGUCAAACUAGACAUGCCGUUUAGCGAGCUUGAGAAAUUGUGGGACGAGGUUCGAAAGCUGGUAUCACUCCCUCAGCUUCCGUAUUCAUUAGUACAGCUCUAUGCAGAAAACUGCGAGUCCCUGGAGAGACUAGAUUGCUCCUUUCCCAAUCUGGAUAUUCGUCGUCUCGACUUCGCUAACUGCUGCAAACUGAAUCAAGAAGCGAGAGAUCUCAUCAUCCAGACACUGACUAAUGGAUUUGCAGUCUUACCAGGCGGAGAAGUGCCUGAGUGCUUCCCUUACCGAUCUUCUGGGAGUUCUGUAACAGUGAAGUUGAAUCAAAUGCCUCUUGGCACAUCAACCACAUUUAAGGCUUGCGUCGUAUUUGAAGAUAACUUAAACCAAGCGGGAGGAGGAGGAUUUAUUUAUUACAGCAACACGCCGACACAGAAUGCUCUCGGUGAAUUUGGUAAAUAUACAGAAGGUCCAGUUUUGGAGAAGCAUCUGUACAUAUUCGAGGUUGAAGCAGUGGAGGUGACUUCCACCGAGCUUGUUUUUGAGUUCAGGUUCUGGUCACAUAUGGGCGGAAGAAGAGAGAUAAAGGAAUGCGGGGUGUUCCUUACUCUUGGAGGGUACUUGUUUGGGUAUUGUAAUAAACAGCAAAAUUCUCAACCAACAAGAAUCAACAAAGAGCAUCAAAGCAUCAAUUCCCUCAUAUAUCACAGGCUGUAA